AUGGGAAAGACGAAGAAGCCCGCCUCCGCUUCGGCUCCACCACCACCACCAUCCCCGUCACAAUCCACCUCUUCUUCGAAAAUUAUAAAAUCGGCAUGCGAACAAGCAAUAAAGGAUGCGAAUAGCAACCCACAAAAAUCCCUAAAGAAAAUCAAAGACUUGCUUUCCAAACACCCAAACUCCGCCGCUCUCCACCACACCCAAUCCUUUCUCCACUUCAAACGCUACUCUCAAACUUCCGAUUCCUCCUCCGCUCUUAAACUGAAAUACCUGAAAAACGCCACUGAUUCAGCCAAACAAGCCCUAUCUCUUUUUCCAAAUUCAAUCACUCUCAAUUAUCUCUAUAGUGAAAUUCUCAUCAAGUUGGCUAAAGAUUCUAAUGAGUAUCAAAAUAUAAUCGUUCAAUGCCGGGAAGCGAUAAAGGCCAACCCGUCGGCGACCUUGGGUCCAGGCGAAGACAUUGUUACUUCCCAUUUAGAAAACAGAGGAAAGAUCCAAGAAUCAAGAAUUCAGGGAGUGAAAGAACUAUUACUCGAUAUAAUAGAGAAAGCCAAGGUUGAAUCUUUAAUGAGUGGCAAAAAUGUGACUGAGAAGAUGAAGGAGAGUGCCAGCCUUAGGAUUUUGCAAUCGAAGAAAGUUAGGGUUUGGGAAGAUGAGUUAUUUAGAAAAAAUCAAAAUCUGGAAAGAGAAGUCAUUGAAUCCAAAAUUGAGCUUGUGAGGAAAUGGGAACAAAUGUUGCGUACUGGUGUUGUUCUUGAUAAUAAUAAAAAAAUUAUUGCGAAAAUAAUAGCAGACUUGAGCAAGAAAACUAAAGUUUUGAAAUGUUGGAAGGAAAUGAGCAGUGAAGAGAGAAGAGGACUACUAGAAGUGAGUAUUGAUGAGAUAGCAAACUAUUAUAUAAAGCAUGAUCACUACGCGGCGGAAAUUUUCUUGGAGGCUAUAGACUUUGCAAGGAAGACAAACAAGUGGAAGCGUUUGCUAUGUUAUGUUUGUGAAGAGAUGUUUUUGGAAUGGAAGGAGUUAUGCAGUCAUGUUUUCUUGAAGCAUCUGAGGGGUUUAUCAGAGCAGCAAUUGGAACUUGUGCUCUAUGGAUUUGAAGAUAGAUACGUUGAAGAGAUCGAAAAUGGGGUGUGGAAGCCUGUGGAUGUAGAUAACAUGGUAAAAGAAUUAUCGAGAUUCAAUUAUUGCAAAAACGAUGUGUACCAAGAAAAGUGCAAGUUUUAUAGUGAUCAGAAGAAGUGGGUGUUCUGUGAUGAUGCUGAGCGCCAAGAGUUGUUGAAGAAAAUCCAUCAACUACUCAAGUUGUUUUUGAAGAAUCAGUGUCUGGCACCAUUUAUUGUGUCAUGGAUGUGGGACUAUACUAUAGAGGAGUUAGAAGAGAGUUUAGUUGUAGGAUUUAAGGGCUUGGUUCCUAUCCUAGAACAAACGCCAAUGCCCCUGUGUAUUUGCUUUUUAUGGUUUGAGCAACUUGAGGUGGUGUUUAACUUUUUGGAAGAGCUGUUUAAUGACUGUGGUUUAGAGGGCAAUUCCUCAGAUGAUGGAAGGGGUAGCAAAGAGGAAUUUUGUGAUGAUCGGCCCAUUCAUUUUAAUAGUGACACUUCAUGUCUCAUAUUGGAUAAGAGAUUCAUCAGAUGGGAUCUUGAUUCAGGAAAGCAUAGAAACAUUGUUGGAGAUGAGGGAACUGCAGUGAUUUCUGUCAUUGAGGAUCCUGGAAAGGACACGGAGUAUGAUGCUGAUAGUUUCGUGCAUUGGUUGUUUAGCGGUGAUGAGAUUCAGGCGCUGCUAUAUUCAUGGAGAUAUCUCAGAAAUUGUGAUAAAGAACAUGCGAUGGCGGUUUUCCAAUUUGUUGAAACAGAAUUUAGGCAAUUAAAAAACUUAUGUGAAAGAAAAAGCAGGUUGUUAGAGUACCAAGAAGCGCUGACCGCUGUUAAGAAUAUAUGCCUUGAAGAACGUAAGAGGACGGAGGAAAUAUCGGAGUAUAAAGAACAAACUUUUGCAUCCCUGUUGCUUGCGCGGCAAAAUGAGCUUUUUGACGUUCAGUCUGAUAUCAUAGGGAAUGAGCAUGCUUGUAUAUUAAAUGUUCUGAGAUUUGCACAAGAUGUUGGUCGUAAAAAGUUUGGACUUGAAGAAACGUUGAUCAAUACAUAUGCUCAGUUCCCUGAUUUGGUAUAUCAUGAAGACAAGGAGAAGCAAGAUAUAAUGGUAGAUGUGUGUGUCGAAGAAGCAAUAAAGAUGGAGAAACAAAAUAUAGCUAGAGAGUUUUGCGAAUCUGAUGUUUUAAUCAUGAAAAGCAUUGCUAGCAUAAGGCGGAUGGAGCUGAAAUUCAUGUUGGUAUCUGCUCUAGAUUAUCAAUUAAUUUUGUUCCAUCUGGUGAAGUCAUUUAUACGGGCACAUCUGGAAGAUCUUGCUGAUGAAAAAGUGGUGGAGAAGGCUAAUGCUGCAGAAGCGCUUUUAGCAUUAGCAGAUCUUGCUCCUGAACCCAGCAAGAAUUUGACCAAAGGAAGUGAUAAUUCAAGAACAGUACGAAAGAAAUCUAAACAUAAAAAGCGCAAAGAUCAAGGGAUGGCCAUGGAUGAGAAGGCUAAUGCUGCAGCUAUGCUUUUAGAAAUGGCAGAUCUUGCUCCUGAACCCAGCAAGAAUAUGACCAAAGGAAGUGGUACUGAGGAUCUGAAACAACAGGAAGAGGAACAUUGA